AUGAUUUUUCGAGCUGAUAAGAUCGAUUUGAAGAAUUUGGACAUACAGUUGGAGAAACAUCUGAGUAGGGUUUGGUCAAGAAGCAUUGAGAAGCAUCCAAAGCCUAAGGAAGAAUGGGAAAUCGAAUUGGCUAAAUUGGAGAUGAGGAAUGUCAUUGCUCGUGGUGCUUAUGGUAUUGUCUACAAAGGCAUCUAUGAUGGUCAAGAUGUUGCAGUGAAGGUGCUUGAUUGGGGAGAAGACGGUUACGCAACAGCGGCUGAGACGUCUGCUCUUCGUGCUGCGUUUCGACAAGAAGUUGCGGUUUGGCACAAACUUGACCAUCCCAAUGUCACAAGGUUUGUUGGAGCAUCAAUGGGAACUACGAAUCUGAAGAUACCUUCGUCUGCUGAUACGCAGAACUCGUUGCCUCAGCGAGCUUGUUGUGUUGUUGUGGAGUAUCUUCCUGGUGGAACUCUUAAACAGUAUUUGUUCCGUAACAGGCGAAAGAAACUCGCAUUUAAAGUCGUGGUUCAACUCGCUCUCGAUCUCUCCCGAGGGCUAAGCUAUCUGCAUUCAGAGAGAAUCGUUCAUCGCGAUGUGAAAACAGAGAAUAUGCUUUUGGAUUAUCAGAGGAAUCUAAAGAUUGCUGAUUUUGGGGUAGCUAGAGUUGAAGCUCAGAAUCCAAAGGACAUGACUGGAGAAACCGGUACUCUUGGAUACAUGGCUCCAGAGGUUCUUGAUGGUAAGCCAUACAACAGAAGAUGUGAUGUAUACAGCUUUGGGAUAUGCUUGUGGGAGAUUUACUGUUGUGAUAUGCCUUAUCCUGAUCUCAGUUUUGCUGAUGUUUCUUCCGCUGUCGUUCGUCAGAAUCUGAGACCGGAGAUUCCUAGAUGUUGUCCGACAUCGUUAUCGAGCAUAAUGAAGAAAUGUUGGGAUGCGAAUCCGGAGAAACGACCGGAGAUGGAGGAAGUUGUGAAGUUGCUUGAAGCUGUCGACACCACCAAAGGCGGUGGAAUGAUCCCGGAAGAUCAGAGAUCUGGUUGUUUCUGCUUUGUCUCCGGCCGUGGUCCUUGA